CGGUUGACUGAGACACUGUCAGCCUGAGACACUGUCAGGGCUCCAUAAACAAUCCCUCUUAAUUAGCCCCCGCAGCUCAACACCUCUGGUGCAUCUAGCCUGGUUUACUGCCACGCCUACUCCUGUUGGAUCCGGUUCUAAAGUAAACUGUGUUCUUUGAGAGCCGCUGCAUACAGAUGAGUAGGCAGCCAGUCUGAGCUGACCCACAGACUCAUAAAAACCAACGGGGCCUCGGGCACCCUCACCCGGGACACCCAAUUUCUUGGAUCAAAGGUGCAAGGACCUGCUCACAUCAAGGAUCCAGCUGCUUUCUUGGGGACCAAGACAUUGAGCUUUUGUCUCAAUAUUCACUCAAGCAGCCCAUGAGAUCAAGGUGUUGACAGAAAGAAUGUUCAAACAUCUUCGGAAAUGGUUUGUCACUCGCUUUUUGGGGCAUCCUCGGCGAAGAACAAGGCUGGUUUCCAAAGAUGGAAGGUGCAACAUAGAGUUUGGCAAUGUGGAGGCGCAGACGAGGUUUAUAUUCUUUGUGGACAUUUGGACGACGGUGCUUGACCUCAAAUGGAGAUACAAGAUGACCAUCUUCAUCACAGCCUUCUUGGGGAGCUGGUUCCUCUUUGGCCUCCUGUGGUACGCGGUAGCCUACAUUCACAAAGAUCUCCCCGAGUUCCAUCCACCGGACAACCACACCCCUUGCGUGGACAACAUUAAUGGUCUGACCUCAGCUUUUCUGUUUUCUCUGGAAACACAAGUGACUAUUGGCUAUGGAUUCAGGUGUGUGACCGAACAGUGCGGCACCGCCAUCUUCCUGCUCAUCUUCCAGUCUAUCCUUGGAGUCAUCAUCAAUUCCUUCAUGUGUGGCGCCAUCUUAGCCAAGAUCUCCAGGCCCAAAAAGCGGGCGAAGACCAUUACCUUCAGCAAGAAUGCCGUGAUCAGUAAGCGGGGCGGGAAGCUGUGCCUCCUCAUCCGCGUGGCCAACCUCCGGAAGAGCCUCCUCAUUGGCAGUCACAUCUAUGGGAAGCUUCUCAAGACCACAGUCACUCCGGAGGGAGAGACCAUUAUUUUGGAUCAGACCAAUAUCAACUUCAUAGUUGACGCCGGGAAUGAAAAUUUAUUCUUCAUCUCCCCACUGACCAUUUACCACAUCAUUGAUCACAACAGCCCCUUCUUCGACAUGGCGGCAGAGACGCUUCUCCAGCAGGACUUCGAGUUAGUGGUGUUUUUAGAUGGCACCGUGGAGUCGACCAGCGCGACCUGCCAAGUGAGGACAUCCUAUGUCCCAGAAGAGGUGCUCUGGGGCUACCGUUUUGCUCCCAUCGUGUCCAAGACCAAGGAAGGGAAAUACCGCGUGGAUUUCCACAACUUUAGCAAGACGGUGGAAGUGGAUACCCCUCACUGUGCCAUGUGCCUUUAUAAUGAGAGAGAUGCGAGAGCCAAGAUGAAGAGAGGCUAUGACAACCCCAACUUCACUUUGUCAGAAGUCAACGAGACAGAUGACACUAAAAUGUAGCAGUGGCUUUUCGACACAAGUAAAGCCAAGUUUCGAACACACAUAGUGGACUAGCGGCAUGAUGAAGCAAUCAACCAUUUGGGAGUAUGAAACAGACAAAAGCCUUCCAAGUCCACCAGCACAAUGCCCCUGAACUCUAAAACCAUGAUUCUACAAGACUCUACAAGGCUAGUGCAGUAGAACAUGCAUUGUAUUUGUAGGAAGCUGGAAUAUAGAAAUCAUGGGAGCUCACUUGAAUAUGAUUAUUUAAAAUCAUGCAAUGUUAAUAGAAACAGACAAAAGUCAUCAAAAGUCUCAUGAGAUCAAAUGUGGUCUUUUUAAAAGUUUCCUUGAAGAAGUUAUGAGCUUUAUAUAGGAUCAGGGGAAAAACAUAUUCUUGUCUUCAUUCUACUGAUAAGCAAUAAGUCACUUUAUUUAUUUUUUAAAAAAUUUUAUUGAAUUUUGGGGGUAACAUUAGUUCAUAAAAUUAU